GACUUAUUUCGGGUCUUACCCUACCUUACCUUACCUUACCUUACCUAACAACUGCCUAGCCGCCUCUCCAGAUCUCGUACCGUUAAUCUCCACGUCGUAUGGCGAGGCUCUGGAGAGGACGCGGGGAAGGAUCAUCAGACCAAGCACAACGGAGCCCGCGAACGGAAGCUAGGCCUAGCCUCCCCGGGAGAGCAAUCUUGUGCAUCGCCAAGACUAAUAUAGAGGUUUUGAUUACUCUUAGUACACUCCAUCAUAUGUGUCGCACGACUACAGACUCUUCACCGCCGAUUACAUUAUCCGACCAUCACUCGUGGUGUGUCAGUUGCGCCGUUGGCCAGUUUAAGACAGGCCCCUACGAGUACCGUAGAGGAAGAGAGCCGGGUUUACCUAAGACUCAACUUACGCGUCUCAAGCACACAUGAGCGAGCUCAGGGCUGUCGCAAUAGCGCAGGCCUGCGGCACAGUUUGAUCACAAUCCAAUAAGCAGUACCAAGUAAAAAUAACGUCACUAACGGAAGCUAUUCAAGGAAGAAGAAAUGAAUCUGGCCCGGUCCUGGCUAGAACCAUCUAGCUAUCCAUCCACCAGUCUAACUACGACGGCCUUUUGACCCAAAAGCCAACGCAACGGUAUGUAGCAGCCACGGAGAUAUUUUUGACAGCCAGCUAGCCAUGGAGUGUCGUACUUGAUGAUGCCUCGUGAGUGCCAUGCCGUGCCUUGUUCCUGGAGACCAUGGGGGAAAGCAACCCUCCGCAUCGGCAAGCGAUCCGUACCCCAAGCGUUGGAGAAGGAGGAGAAGAAAAAAAAAUUUCAAAGAAAAAAAGGAUAGUGCCCCCCCCCCGCAGCGAGACUAUGACCUUAUGAACCCUCGUGUCCUCCUCGCCGGCUAAAUGGCGCGCAGUCGAGGCGUGCCGAGUAGAUUUAACCGGCGAGUUUACCCAAGGCCCUGAGAGCCCGUCGGGACUCCUACGGAGCAGGGGGCGGCAGCCCGCCCGCCUUCACAGAACCCUGGAACCGAUCUCCCGGGAUCUUUGGGACGGAACUUACGGGGAAUUAUGUAGGGGCGUGCCGCUACGCAGCCAGCUAGUUCCGCCGCGAUGGCUUUUUUUUUUCGGCUGCGGCAAUGUAGGUAUCUAUCGCGAACCCGUUAGCCGGCGAGUUUACAACCACGAACGACCCAACAGCCUAGAUCCAAGGCAACUCCAGGGGUUGGCGACUAUCCCCCCUUGGGUCGCCACCCGAGGAGAUUAGGAGUUCCAUCAAUAUAUAUAUUAAUUAUAUCUCCAUAAAAUAGACUACAGCCUACAGGCGACGUGUAUGUGCAAUACGUGCGUAGGGGCUCCAG